UCUAUGUGAUAUAAACGGUGUAGAGGAUUGGAUAUAUACUAUUUUUAAUAGAUUUCGGGGGAAUAAUAUAGAGCAGGUUUGUAGAUAAAGGAAAAGAAUAUCAACGAAAAUUUGAAAAGAUUCCGAAAGCAUUGGCACGGGUGGCUUGCUCUAGAAUCAGGGUGCUUGCAUAGCAAACUCACCGUAUAUCUGCUUGCAGGAAUACAUGUAUAAAUGCAGCGCCAUAUAGAAACACGCCAACAAGUUUGGCACACCACAACGAUGUCUUCCUCUCGCUGGAUCCCCCAGAGUCCCCCCCAACGAAGGAGAAGCCACAUGAGCCGGCAUACCUUCCUGCCUCCCAUGAUGUGGAGAGGUUCCAUCGCUCCCGACCGCCGUUCGGUGACGGCUACGAGGGGAGGAGAUGGAGGAAGGAGUUUCUUCUCCGGUCUAACCAUCGGAGAGCCGAGACGACCACACGACAAUAGACGAACGUCCAUGAACGUGGGAUAUCCAAGAUUUCCCAACCCCUCCGAGUACCCACCUCCCCCGGGGUAUCCGUACUACGAAUGGGACGAGUUUUACGAUCCUCAGCCGCCGACUGGUCCACCCCAUGAACAUCGCCCCCGGCCAAGACGUGAUUAUGUUGAGCGAGAGAAAACGCACGAGGACGAUGCUGCCAACUUUGACAGUGCAUGCGCCAAGUUGUUUCAGCAACUGGAGCAAGCUGAACAAUUCUAUCAAAAUUUCCAGCAGGAGUUUGAUAAUGAGGUCACGUCCAUCAAGAAGUACGCGGGCGAUGGUAUUCUGAGGGAGCUGUGGUCUCGCCGAAUCGGAGUCCCAUCUUCUCGCCGAGACUCCAUCAAGAGUGAAGAGGAGGUCAACGAGUGGGAGGACCAAUUGCGGAAGCCGUAUCAGAAGUUUCGAAUCCAGGCGACGAAACUGGACAUGUGUUUGCAAAAGGCGGCGACUGCCACGAUUCCAAUCCCAAAAUCGAGAAAGGAUGAAACAAGCGUCGACUCGGCAAAACUCCUUCAGGACAAGAUCGAGACUUCUGGCGAAGGUAUUCGGUGUCUUUUGGGGAAGAUAUACCGCUCGAGGCAAUAUUGCUCUGAGCUGGUGAAGGAACUAGGACAGCUGAAGGCCCUUGUUGAUCCCCAGAAACCUGAAGGAUUUGACGAGCAAGAAGAUCGUAUCGGUAGUAAUGAUGUUGAAUAUGGACCAGUGGCAGAUACCGCUCCUGGCAAUAGUGCUCCGAGCUGGUGA